UUGUUUACCAUGGCGACGGGGACGCUACCGUGUGUUGCUGGCAGAUACAGAGUACUUCUAACGCUGUUUCUUUUAAUUUACACAGAUUUGUUUCUUUGCCAACAGUUUAUCGUCCCGUUCAAGGCUCCUUUAGACUGUGGUGUGGAAGAAUUCUUCGAUAUAUCGAGUCUGUCGUGUGUGAGGUGCGGUCAAAAUCAGCGUCAAAGCACAACAGGACUGAGCUGCAUUUGUAAAACUGGGUACAAGGCUCUCACCACUGAUAAGGCAUCCAUUAUCUGUCAGCAAUGUCCUGCUGACAAGGCUACAGUAACUAAUGAUGGGUUUGGGUGUAUUCGCUGUCCAGCCAGUCUCAGUGAUGACGGGAAGUGCCACUGCCCAAAAGGCAGUGUCCUUGUGGAGAGAGAUGUCAGUGGAAAUGUUUUGGAAGAGGCCAGGUGUGAGACUUGUAAUGGAACUGGUCCUGCUUUCUCAGUACCAAACAACAGUGGAGACAGGUGUGAGAGAUGUCAGGCUUCCUUCAUUAACACCUCCUGUGAGUGUAACGCUCCUAAUGUCCUGUCCGGGGGAUUAUGUUUCGCUCCAGGAAGCCUCUCCACCAAUGUGAAUCCCAGUGUCAACUUUGCUCAGUUGAAGUUCAGUGUGCAGUCUGCCUGGUUCGUCAAAAACCUGUACUCCUCGUCAGCAGCCUGCCUUGUCUUCUCCAACCUGACGGCGUGCCAGGCUCUCGGGAACAUGUGUGUGAUGAACAUGCACUCCUUCAGCGGUGUGAGCACUGAUGCUUGUGGCCUCUUUAACAUCAUCUUCAGAUCCAGGGCUGCUCUGAGCUCAACUCAAGACAUUUCCUACUGGAGAGCUAACCUGCCAUGGCUUUACUACGGGGACGAACCAGGACUGGCGAGUCGAGUACUUCAGACUGAUCCAGUUCCGAUUGGGUUCAGUUUCAGAGGAAAAAACAAGAACACUGACAUUAAAUUGAUUGCUGCUGUCUAUAAUGUCAAAGGAGAGUUCCUCAGAUGGGAAGACAUAGGAGGAGGUAAUCUCCAGCUUUGUCCAGAAGCAGCCACCAAACAGAAGGCAGCUUUCAGCUUUGGAACCGCUUACCAAGAAAGUUGUGAUCUCUCAGUAGCAGAGCUGGUGAACACUUAUCCCGAGCCGUUGUUCUAUGAUGUGUUUAUGGACCUCAGUGGAAAAGAGAAAAGAAAACUCCUUCCCCUGCCCACACUAGUUUAUAACCAGCAAUACAACGGACGGUUCAUCAACCAAGAGAACAUGAAGAACUGGUACCUGUCUCGACGUAUGUUUCUUGUUGACACGCUGAGUGGAAGAGAGAAACGUGUGAAUUCCCAACCUAAGGUCAUCCGUGUCGCCAGCAGCAUCAAAAUAAAGUUCCAGCUGGUUCCACGAACCAUGGAGGGCCAGGUAUUCCCCCCUUUAAUGACUGUGGCCUACAGAGACGUCCUCAUCACAGAUAUCAAUACACAAACUGUGUCUACAACAUUUUCUGUGGAGUACGAGAUGGAUCAGAAUGAAGCUCGCAUGAAGACAGAUACUGCUUUGGGUGUGAUGGGCGGUGUGGCAGUGCUCUACUCGCUUCUGAAGACAGUGAGCUGGAAGAGGAGGAUCGCCUCCCAGCUCAUUGACGUGGAGACAAUGCUGAAGUUUUUGUUGUUCUACGCUGGAGAUUUGGCCAAUGUUUUCUUUGCUGUCACUGUGGGAACUGGACUCUACUGGCUCAUCUUUUACAAGGCCCAACAGUAUGUAUCAGUGUUGUUACCGCUGCCUGCUCAGGAGGAGCAGUUUGUGACGUACGUCGGCUGUGCCUUCGCUCUCAAGGCGGUCCAGUUUCUACACAAGCUGUUCCUGCAGUUGACCGUUGAUGUGUUCUUUAUUGAUUGGGAGCGGCCACGGAGCAAAGCCAGCAAAACUAUGCAAGCAACCAGUGAGGUGAAACGUGACCCCUCUCCAGUCAGCAUCUGGCGGACCUGCUUUGUGGCCAAUGAGUGGAACGAAAUCCAGUCCAUCCGCAAGAUCAGUCCGACCUUUCAGAUCAUGGCUGUGCUCUUCUUCCUUGAAGUGUUUGGUUUCUCCAGCCUAGCUCUGAGGGACCCCUGGUCAACUUUACAGCGCUCGCCGCAGGCGUACACCCCUUCAUACAGCCUGACGCUGCGCUAUGGUCUGGCAGCCACACUCUGGCUCUGCAUUGGACUUCUGCAGGUGAUUUUCUUCACUGUUUUUCAUGAGCACUUUGUGGAGGACAAAAUCCGCCAAUUUGUGGAUCUCUGCUCUAUCAGUAAUAUUUCUGUGCUGCUGUUAUCUCACCGGUGUUUUGGUUACUACAUCCAUGGACGAUCAGUGCAUGGCCACGCUGAUACAAACAUGGAGGAAAUGAAUAACAAUCUGAAGAGAGAAUCUGCAUCACUUUGCAGCCAAAGAGGUCUACUUCCCAACACAGACAUCCAGACAUUUCAGGUCUCCCUUACUAACCGUGUGCGGUUGCAGUACGAUCGGAUACGGGAGCCAAUCAGCAGGAGGAACGCACCAUCACGACUGGCAGACGCUUCCUCAGCCAACCCGGGUGAUCAAAGCUUCAGAGCCUACCACACCAUGAACUACUUCCUGGGAUCUAUCAUAGACCAUGCCCACCCUGACAUGGACUAUAUAGUGAAGGACAAGCUGAUGUUUGAGAGGGUCGUAGGCAUGGAGUUCCUGGAACCCAGUGACAAGAGCAUAUUUUAUAAUGAUGAGGCCCACUCUUUCAGCGAUGUGUUGUUUUAUGGAAAUGAGGCCACACUGCUGAUCUUUGACACUUUGUUUUUCUGUGUCGUCGACCUCGGAUCUCAAAGCUUCGUACUUGCAGCCAUCCUUACAUACAUACAGCAAAUGAUAUUUCGCAUGAUCCGCAUCACUCUCGGGAGAAAGAACCUUGUCAGAAAGACUUUGGUGGAUGAGAGAUUUCUCAUAUAAAUUCCCUGCUGAGUAAUUCAUAGUGUAAGUGUUGUUUAGUUGCAUUUUUCUUGAAGAUGUUUAUUGUUCAGCUUGUGCAGCUUUUUUGUACUUUUUCCUACAGAAAAAAAGUUUUUCACUGCUCUUUUAUGAUGUAAA